GCGAGAGGUCACAGCCUUGGCAACCACACACUCACAACAUGGAGGCUUGAGCAUCAUUUGAUGUCGUAUGCAUCUAAAAUCUUAAACGGAGUCUGACAUCUUGCAUAAUGGAUCAGUUUGGAACUUUAGAACUCGCCUGGAGUCAAGGAUAUGGAGGGUCUGAGGCUCAUUAUAUCGACAAGGAUGUCAUCUGCUUCCAGUGUGGCAAAAGCAUCAAAUUUGUGUCUGAAAGUGGCAUUGAAACUGUGUUUGCCUUCAAGGGCAAUGGUCAGGGUCCCUUUACAGCUCACAAAAUCAACAAGUAUUUUGCAAUGGCAGAACAGUGUCUCAAUCCCAAGAUAUAUGUGUUUGUGUUUCCAACAUUCAGAGAACUUAGUGUCCUGGAAGGUGGAGCACAAUUGGAAUUUCAGCAGCUUGUGUUCUCAGCCAGUGAAUUCCUUCUCAGCCUCUCAGGGUUGCCGGAUUAUGAAAUGACUCUCUGGAAAUAUGAGAAGGGUAUCAAGUUGGCUUCAGUUAAGAUCGGGGCCACACCCCCAACAAGUAUUUGCUUCAACCCUGGCAACUGGAGACAGGUCUGUGUGACCAAUGACAAGGAGAUCACUGUCUGGCAGACGGAGCAGGCAGAUGACAAAUACAUCUUGUUGCCGCAGCAUGUCAAACUACCCCCCGAGGACCCCAACAUGGCGGAAGAUGAGAAGGAGAGAGAUGUGUUGACCAGGGCGUCGACCAGAAUGACCCAGUACACAGUGGACGUGCCCAAGGCGGCCAUUGCUGGCCUGGUAGGGGAGAUGGCCGACAGGUUGUCGGAGGUUCAGGAUAAGACCGUCAGGGUGGCGCCAGUGUCCCAGACUUGGACCCCCACAGGGGACAUCUAUGUGGGGUGUAAGGGUGGACAGCUCUUAAAGAUUGACGGUGAGCUGAUGAAGGCAAGGGUGCUGUACUAUCCCCCCCCUGCGGCAGAGACCCCCCGGUCCCGCGCUACCAGUGCAGGACACACCAAGACCAGCAUUGGGGACAGUCAGCCAAUAGCUGAUGAGCUCAGUGCCAUGGUCCUGGAAGGAUCACUCAACUGUAUUGCGUUACACAGGAAGGGACUCUAUGCAGUAGGAACGGAUGGUGUUUUGAGGAGAAUUGAGACAGGCGGUGAUGAGUUCAAGGUGGCAGAGCAGUGCAGUGUGGGCGCACCCAUCUCAUCUCUGGCCUUCUCUCACAACUUCAGCAGAAUGGCCCUGUGCUCUCCAUUGGGAAGCAUUCAUCUGUAUGAUUCCGGCCUGCCGCAGAGCUUGUUUCUACUUCGAGAUUUCCACCAUGGGCAGUUUAUUGCUGUUUCUGCCAUGGCAACAGGAUCGGAAACAUUUGUUAGCGUCCGAGAAGAUGGGGAAGUUCAAGUAUGGAAAGUUGACAAUGGCAAGCUCCUGUCUUCUGUCAACUUAGGAGCUCAGGCGACAGCCCUGGCCUGCAGUCCCCUAGCUCACAUUGCCCUGGUGGGCACCAUGACGGGGCACAUCUUCUGUGUGGACCUGGCGGACAUUGAGAAACUGAGAGUGGUGCACAGGUUCCGGAUGUAUGGCGGCCCAGUCUCUCAUCUACAGUUUGAUGAAAAUGGGAGAUAUAUCCUGAGUGCCCCCGAGGGAGACGAGGUGUUUGUAGCAGAUGGAAGACCAUCCCAGAAGUUCUCAGUGCUGGGCUAUGCAGUUGUGGACGGCAGCAUCAACACCAUCACCAACUUCACCAGCGGCCAGAACGUGCAGGUUGUGGUCACAACCAAUGACAAACAUGACAAGGAUCAAGGGGCAAACAAGCUCACUGUCUUCAGUCUCACAGACACGCUGAUCAAAGAUCUGAAGAUCAGCUACAACAGCCUGAAGUGUGACUUCCGAGAUGAGGCAAUCAACAAGAUGCAGUUCCACCUGACUGUGCCGACUGAGGGGGCAGCGUUCGGUGAGAACAACACUCUGUACGCCAUCAACAAACACACCAAGAAGAUCUACAGUGUUGCUGUGCCUGAAACUAAACCCAGGAAGAUGACCAGCCCUGAGGCGUACUUGUCAGCUGAGACGGAGUUCACAGGUCAUCAGCUGGCUGGAGCAAAGAUCAUGCUGUCCCCUCACAACAGGUGGCUGGCGUCCUACGGCACUGAUGGCUGCAUCAUGCUCAGAGCCAAAGGCAGCAUGGACCGCCAUGUCUCCAUCAUGCCCCAUGAGUAUAAUCUAGACGGGGUCCACACCGCCACAUUCUCCGAGGACUGUCACUACCUCCUGUCCUCGGGCUACGAUGGAGUCCUCAUCUGCUUCGCGUGGAACUUCACAUCGAUUGGAAUAAGUAAAGCCAAAUCGGCUAUAGACAUAGCUCGGUCAAGGAAGGCACGGCUGAUUACCUUACAGCAACAAGAAGAUGACUUUGUUCAGAGUCUAACUGAAUGGAACGUACCAGAGCCUGUGUCUCGUUCUACAUCUGAUCUGCAACAGGAAGAGAGGGAGAGGACAGAGAGAAAAAAGCAGGAGGCAAUUGACCAAGAUAUUAUCUACAAAACGCCUACUCCUACGCCUAAGGCGGAUGCGACUUGGUUAGAGGAGCGCGAACUCGAGGCUCUAAUAGAUGAAGAUCAGCAUUAUGCGGAUACCAAGACAGGGCUUCGGACCCAGAUCAGAGACAUCCGGAGAACUAUUCAGGACAUGAUGAAGGAUAAUGAGAUUCUGCCUGACAUUGAGAAGCUCGGCCGACAUGAGUUUGAUCUGGAUGUAGACGAGCAAACCAAACUACAGAGUCUUGGAGACACCGAGAUAUCCAGGGUGAGAGAAGAGAUCGAGUUCGACAAUCUGGCCAAGAUGUACCUACGAGACAUGAUCAAGAAGGAGUGCUGGGACGAAAUGAAGGUCAAGGGGAGAGCACUCCAAGCUUUCAACUCAAACCUCGAGGUGUCCAACUUCCCCAUGAAGGAAAGGUCAGAGCCUGUAGUCCAAGCUCUAGAGACUGUUACUAAGAGAAGGCAGAUUGAGAUUGCUGAGCUAGCUGCACGGAAACAAGAAAUAGAACAAGGCCAAAAACCUUCAUCUCACCCGAAAUACAGUCAAAGGCCUUAUUCCGGAGCAUCAGAGUUUGAUGACGAUCUGGGAGAGGGAGAAGAAGGAGAAGAGGACUCUAAGGAGCUUCCUUCCACAACGGGCAGUCUAGGUGCACAGUUCGGUGGAGGAAGUGAUCUGUUCUACAGCCAGUUUGAACUCCACACUCGGGAACAGAAGACAACUCAGAUUAUUCUACUGGAGGAUGCCAUCCACCGUAUCAAGAAUACGUUCAACAAGGAAUUUGAUGAAGUUUUUGGCAAGAAAGAACAAGAAAUCAGUAAGAUCAAGGAAAAGAACAAGCGUAUCGUAAAGAUCAUGGAAGACUUGGACAUAAAGGAAGAGGUCGUGGACUAUGAGCUCGGUGCCCUCGAGAAGCCAGAAAUGCUUCUAACAGUGGAUGACAGUGAGGUGAAGGUGGAGAAGUUCCUGACAGCCGCACAGCGCAAGAAGCUGGAACAGCAGGAGAAGGCUGAGGAAGCGCAGAGGCUCCUUGAGAAGGGGGACAAUGCUCGGGACCGAGCCCUGGACAUGAUGAUGGGAGGUGUCCUCGAGAUCAAGAAAGAAGAUGAACUCAAGAAGGAUGUUCCCAAGCCACACUUCAUGAUUAGCAAGGCAGAGGAAGAGUGGUCCGAGGAUGAGAAGAAAUUGGUUGGUGAUUAUGAGAAGAAAGUCAAGGAUCUCACCGAGGAGAGGGAAAAGUACAGGAAGCAACUAGAGACGGAGCUGCGGAAGCUGCAGGGCAUCAUCCAGGACGGGAUGGCAGGCUUCGACGAGACACUCAACGCUCUGUUCCUCAAGAAGAUCAAGGUCAUGAUGGUCAUCUAUCAGGAGGAGCUGAAGAUCCAGCGUCUGCGGUUCGUGCUGCUGAAGGAGGAGGAGCUGGAGGUGAGGGAGAGGGAGCUGGUCCGGCUGCAGCAGCACAAGAAGACGCUGAAGCAACUGUCAAGUGAGGCAGCCUCCGAAUCAUCAAAGAACCUGGCCAGGUUUAAGGAUGAGUACGACAUACUGCUAGCAGAGGACAAGGUCAUGGACCGAUCCUUCAAGCGAGAGUUUGCUGACGUGUCGGCAAUCAUGCAGGAUCAGCUGUAUCGUCUCUUCAGGAAGAGACCAAGAGGACAAAAGUUCAAAGGAGCUGACACCCCUGUACUUGAUGUGAACUCCUCCAACCCAUUCGCAGAGAGGCCGUCGACCGCAAGACAGAACGCAGCGGCCCAGGCCUCCAUCGAUGCGGCGGUGGAGGAGAUGGACCGGGAGGGGAACAUGCCGGAGGGGCUGGAGCUUCAUGUUUGGAAGAGGAUGUGCACCUACAGGAAGGACAAGAUGGACAGUGAACAGUUGGUGAAAGUGAAGUCCCUGGUGUAUGCCGAGAUGACAGAUUUUGAGCAGAGGAGGAAGAAUGAGGAUGUGGCACUGGAGGAAGAGAUUCGUGACAUAGAGAAACAGAUAAAGAGUUUGAAGGAGGACCGUCAGCGCUUCACUCUCAACCUGGAGGUACAGCUGUUGCUGAAGCAGGGACAGGUAGAGGUGGAUGCUGGGUCCUUCGUCCACAACUACACCAACAGCGUCCUGACUCACAGAACUGUGGUAGAGGAGCUCAACAGCACCAUCAAGCAACUGGGUGAGAGCAAGAUCACCAGCAUGGUGGAGAGUAAGGACUUCCGGAAGGGCAUCAUCCAGCUGGAGUGGGAACACAAGAGGAUGCUGAUGCAGAUGACUGACCUUCAAAACAAGAUGAAGGACAUUCAGUUCAUCAAGGUCACCAGGGAAAUACAGGCUUUCCUGAAUGAAGCUGAUUAUGAUGCCAAAAAGCAGCAAGAAAUAGCCAUACUUGAGCAGACCAUAUUGUUACAGAAGAAACACCAUGACAAGAACAUGAGAGAGAAGAAGCGAACGUUUAACGAUUUACAGCACACAAUACAGUCUAAGGACAGGGAGAACUCGGGACUUGACCUCGACCUCAACGAGAUCAACGUGUGCGUCAAUGAGAGGAAUCACAUCGAUCAAGUCAAUGCUGACCGGCGGAUGGACACAGGGGCAGAACGACGAUACCAGGAGAUCGUACAGAGGCGGAAGCUUGUUGACCUUGCCAAGGCACAGGCCCAGGAGGUCGCAGUGUUGCGGGCCGAGGUGGAGAGGCUGAGGAUGAGGACGUUCCCUGCUCUUGUGCAAGUGGAACACUGAUUCAUGAACAAAUGUACAGGACAGACAGACAGACAGACAUUUUGAUGACCAAACUAAAGUGACUGCUUGGAACACAACAGAUAAAAGAAUUGUUUCUGGGUUGACAAGUGCUCAGGUGGUGAAAUAUUUGGACAGGUUCUUGAAAGGUUACAGGUGUUUAGCAACAGACUGAUGCUACAACUUGUCAUUCAGUCUAGCAUUUCUCCAGUUGGGAGGCCCCUCCUUUGAUAGGCCAUUUUUAUUACCAAUUGUAAUAAGACCUGAAAGUCAAGAAAUUGAGUUUAUUAUCAUAAUUCAAUCUAAUGAUUCAAAUGCAUUCUUUAAAACGAGGAAAAGUGAACUACAUAUCAUCAAUCAGUUCUAAAGUUAACAUUGAAGCAAGUUGAAUCUAUGGAUCAUUCCUAUUACCAAUCAGUUCUAAAGUUAACAUUGAAGCAAAUUGAACAUAUCCACACAAACUAGAAAAAAAGUCUUAUUUGUACCCAUGAUUGUUAUAUAUGACUGUUCACUUACAGUAUUACGUCUUGCUAUGUUAGUACUGCAUGCCCUUGUUUGCAUGUGUGUCUGUUUGUUCUACCUGAGAUGCAGGACACAUAGAUAGAUGUCUGGUGUGUCACACUGACCUUCCGUCCGUCCACAUUGGAUAUAGCAUUACUGUGCUUUUGCACCAGGUUGUGAUGUUUACAUAUGCAAUGUUCUAUGACCAAAACUGUGAUGUCUAUUGCCAUUCCAUACCAAUGUUAUUUAAUGCUGUUAUUAUACUGCUUGGUUUGUUCAUAUUUAAACUGAAAUUACAAUGAAGAUCAAUAAACUGUUUUAUACAUGUAUCAGA